AUGGUUGUGGGUAAGAUGAAGUUCACUUUUCAGAAAAGGGUGAAGUUGGCCCAGGGUUUAUGGAUGCUGUCGUGGUUGGCGACGGUGGGUGGAGCGAUUACCUUCACUUUAGGAUGCUUCCUAAAGACUGAGCUACGAAGAAGGGGAGAGGUAAUGGACAACACAGACAUCCAUUGUGUGCCCAACACCUUGAUGAUUGUGGGUCUGGCUUCGAUGGGCGGCAAUUAUUUUGCCAGUCGAAUCUGCCAGGAUGCCCUGGAUGCCGGGCGUUUCCCACGGUGGAAGACCUACAUGAAGCCCUUUUUUGGCUGCUCCAUUUUCUUCACCUCCCUCAUGCUAAUUUCAGUCAUCCUGAGUUACAUCAUGAAGGGCAGCCUGGAGACCUCGCUGAAAAUCGGCCUGAAAAACGGCAUCCGCUUCUACAAGGACACCGAUAUCCCAGGCCGCUGCUUCCAGAAGCAGACCAUCGACCGGCUUCAGAUGGAGUUCCAGUGCUGCGGAAACACUGACUACAGGGAUUGGUUCGAGGUGCAGUGGAUCAGCAACCGCUACCUGGAUUUCAGCUCUAAGGAAGUUAAGGACCGUAUUAGGAGCAAUGUGGACGGCCGCUAUUUGGUGGACGGUGUGCCCUUCAGCUGCUGUAACCCCAGCUCUCCCAGACCCUGCAUCCAGUACAAAAUCACCAACGACUCUGCCCACUACAACUACGAGCACGAGACGGAGGAGCUCAACCUCUUCAUCCACGGCUGCAGGGAAGCUCUGGUCAACUACUUCAUGGGGCUGAUGAACACCAUCGGCGCUGUCGUUCUGUCCGUCUUUCUCAUUCAGUGCUCGGUGUUGUCCAGCGUGCGCCUCCUGCAAACAUCCAUGGAGGCUGUAGCCGGACAAGAGAACGUGGAGAUCGACACCGAAGGCUACUUGCUGGAGAAAGCCUUGAAGGAGACCAUCAUGGAGUACGUGGAUCCUGUGAUGAAGCUCCUUUUGCUGAAUCAAGUCGGAUCUUCUGAGGCUAAAGCAGAAGCAGGAGCCGCAACCAGCUAA